UAUGAAUUGAUUACCUUUCAGUCCCAAAUCCGCCCUCCGUUUCUCUGCGGGUGAUAAUGAGACAUCUCUCCCUUGCCAGCUGACGCAGUGUUAAACUCUGUCUGUAGAGGGCGCCGAGAGGCUCUGGAGGAAAAACGGGCCUCUCUUCCCGGCUCCGGCGGGCUUUCUGGUCCUGCUUCUGCGGCGCUGUGUUCGUCCCACCGAUGGAUCUCACCCAGCAAGUUCCGUGGGUACCCCAGCCGGCUUCCCCUGGGCCAGCUCAGAGACACAGCCUCCUGGCAGCUUUCCAACAGUAAACCACUAUUUCCACAUCGACAAGACCCUGGGCUGCGUUUCUGUCCGAGUCCUGGCUCCUCACGAAUAUGAACUGAAGGGCUCUGACCCAGAAAGUGGUUCCGAGCAGGGUAGGAUGGGGUCUCGGAAAUGCGGAAGCUGCCUGAGUAGUUUGCUGAUUCCUCUUGCGCUUUGGAGCAUAAUUGUGAAUGUAUUAUUGUAUUUCCCCAAUGGGCAAGCUUCCUAUGCAUCCAGCAAUAAACUCACCAACUACGUCUGGUAUUUUGAAGGAAUCUGUUUCUCAGGUAUCAUGAUGCUUGUAGUAGCAGCAGUUCUUCUUGUAUUGGAGAAUGACAACAACUAUAAAUGUUGCCAGAGUGAAAACUGCAGCAAAAAAUACAUGACACUGCUGUCGAUGAUCUUUUCUGCUCUUGGAAUUGCUUUCUCUGGAUACUGCCUGGUCAUAUCUGCUCUGGGCCUUCUUCAAGGCCCAUAUUGCCGUACCCUUGAUGGCUGGGAGUAUGCCUUUGAAGGCACUGCAGGACGUUUCCUUACAGAUUCCAGAGAAUGGGUUCAGUGCCUGGAACCCGCGCAUGUAGUGGAGUGGAACAUCAUCUUAUUCUCUAUUCUCAUAGCUCUCAGCGGGCUUCAAGUGGUUGUCUGCCUCAUCAGAGUGGUCAUCCAGCUGUCCCAGGCCCUCUGUGGGACCUAUUCAGUCAUUAUCCAGCCUGGAAUCAUUUGACAAGGACAAGAAUGUUUUUCUUUAUCAAGAUAUGGCCAUCCACCUGUGUCUCCUGGAUGGACUGGAGGGUCACAUUCAGAUGAAGGUUUCUCCCUCCGGAUGGUGUUUGCUGUCCUCACCGCAAUGCUGUCCUUUUAGAAAUGUUUCCAAAGCUAUGUGUGUCGGGGUCUUCAGAAAUGUUCAUAUCUUUUUGAUCAAAUAAAAUGAAAUAAAUCCAACUUCAAUAAACUUCACUCUGAAAAUAAGAAUACAAGAUAAAACUUAAUGCAAACACAUAUAUUUGAACAUCACUUAAUAUUCUGGAAAAUUAGAAAUACCCAGAAAUCGAACUUUAUGGAAAAGAUUAAAUAAAGCAUGGUACAUUCUUUGUA